UCCGGGCCAAGCGAAGAAGCCACGGAGCCGCAGUCGGGAACUCUGCUCGCACCGGAUCCGCCUCGACUGGCCUGCAACCGAAGUCCCAAGGACCGGAGCGGGCCUGCUGAGGCUGUGCGGACUGCAAAGCACAGUGGAACCCAACAGUAUGCCGACUAUCGGUGCUGACCGAGGCUUUAUGGCCACCGCCAACGGGCUGCUGAGGAUAGCUGAAAUUACUCUGGGCCUGUGCGGGCUCAUCUGUAUCGAGUCAAUCAGCGGGGAGUGUUACUACGCCUAUAUACACCGCUACGAGUUCAGUCUGUUCGUCGUCAUCACAUCGUUCCUGUUCGCUUUCUUGGUCAUCAUGGUGUUCGUGCUGCGUGCCCAGGAGGCCCUUGCCAGAUGCUUCAACGUACCGCUCUCCCUGCUGGUGAGUGACAGUUUCAUCGCCCUGUUCUACCUGAUCGUUUGCCUGCUCGAGUUCACCGCUUUCUGCACAGAUCCAGAUGACAAUGCUUCGACCAAAGUCGCCGGGGUGUUCGCCAUGUUCGCCAUGAUGUGCUUCGUGGUGUCGUCCUAUUUCUCGUACAAGUUCUUCCAAGAGGAACGGCUACCAGCCCUGCCACCGCCUGGUUUACACUCGGUUACCGUCACGCAAGUGUUGCCAAAGUAACGACACCGUCUCUGCCAUGGCCCGAUCAGGCCGGUAGACUGCAGCGAUUUCACAUAUAUGUGGACUGAGGAACGAUGCCGUCUUCGAUGAGAACCACUACAGCCGAAUGCCUGUUCUUCCACCAUGUACAUCUUUGGAAGGAGCAGGCGCCCUGGAUGGGGAACGCUUGCAACAAACAGUGUGGCGGAGACUGUGCUAGUCAGAACGUGCACGUCCUGAAUCGUUCGUUCCCACUGCCCUCUGACGGGAGAAGCGUCGGAUACACAACAGUGGGGAGUUCGACCCGUUUCUUUUUUACUCCCUCAGACACCGCUUUGGCAUGAACUACCCAUAUGUCGUGUGGGAAUGAGCUCUUGCUUGUUUCUAUAUUUUUCCCCAGCGAUGUCAGACAAGUAUGAGUCGAACUGCCGCAGCUUCAUCUGUUCCCUUACACCAAGUAGCAGCAGCCAAUUCUGCCAUGGGCGCAUCUUGGGCGUAAGUGGCACAUGCCGAAUAGGAAAAUGCAAGAAAUAAGCAUACGAUGCAGAUUACAAUGAAUGCUGUGACAGUCCUAAUUCUUCAAUGACAUUUUCAUUCAAUAAUUAACAUAACAAGCUUCACUAAAGCCAAAAUAAAUAUGAAGUCAUCACCUUGUCACCUUCCAGCAGAA